UUAUCCUUUAAACCGCUCUCCAUCAUCCAAACGAUCGACAAUUUUUAACUCACUCGGUUUUCUUCAAAUUAUACGUUUUAUUUAACACCGUGUUCCAUCCUUGUCAUGGAUCCUUCCAAAGAGAAAAUUGAAUCACCGCCUGAACCGAGCGCUGGCGGAUGGUUGAGCAGCUUAAUUUUCGGGCAACAAAGCAUUUCGCCGUCGCAAGAAAAGCUUACCAGCGAUGAUCAACCGACAACCACAACCGGUGAUACAACGGCGGUGGCAGAAAGCGAGAGCGAGGUUCUACGUGCCGAGGAAGGUGCCGGCGAGAACGGAUUCUCGUGGUGGCGAGGCGAUUCGAGUCAGACGCUGGUGGAUAAAAUUCGGUCUGCUGUGACGGGCACCGUACGUCGCCGAGUCACGAAGCGGAUCCAGCUAACCAAGGGCAACCUUGUGGUUGACUGCCCUGUACCUGAAAAGCUGUUAAUGGCCAUGUCCCGCAAGGAUACCGAGUUUCGCAUGAUGCGAUACACUGCCGCGACUUGUGAACCCGACGAUUUCCCGAGCGAAGGAUUCACGUUGCGACAACAAAACUAUGGAAGGCACACUGAGCUGUUUAUCGUCAUGACCAUGUAUAAUGAAGAUGAAAUUCUAUUUACACGGACAAUGCACGGUGUGAUGAAGAAUAUUGCCCAUCUGUGUAACUUGCAACGGUCAACCAUGUGGGGACCGGAUGGAUGGCAAAAAGUCGUGGUGGCGAUUGUCGCUGACGGUCGUAAAUGCAUCAAUAAACGCGUCCUCAGUGUACUGGCUUCCAUGGGUGUUUACCAAGCCGGGAUUGCCAAGAACAUGGUCGAUGACAAGCCUGUUAAAGCUCACAUUUAUGAAUUUACGACGCAGAUCUCGGUGGAUCCAGACAUGAAGCUCAAGGGAGCUGAUAAAGGAAUUGUUCCGGUACAAAUUCUGUUUUGUUUAAAAGAAAAGAAUGCGAAAAAGAUCAAUUCCCAUCGAUGGUUUUUCAACGCAUUUGGUCCAUUGCUACGACCCAAUAUCUGUGUGUUGCUGGACGUCGGUACACGCCCAGGCAACGUGAGUAUCUAUGAACUAUGGAAAGCCUUUGACCGUGAUCCUCAUGUGGGAGGCGCUUGUGGCGAAAUCCGCGCGAUGCUUGGCACCGCAUGGGUCAGUCUAUUGAACCCUUUGGUCGCCGCUCAGAAUUUCGAAUACAAAAUGUCGAACAUUCUUGAUAAGCCGUUCGAGUCAGUGUUUGGUUACAUUUCGGUUCUACCUGGAGCAUUUUCAGCUUACCGUUACAGCGCCAUACAGAACGAUAUCAAUGGUCACGGACCGCUGGAAAAGUACUUUAAAGGCGAAGCGCUUCACGGAAGUGCGUCGGCCGGUUUAUUUGAAGCCAACAUGUACUUGGCGGAAGACCGGAUUCUCUGCUUCGAAUUGGUGGCAAAAAAGGGUGAACGAUGGCUUCUUCAGUACGUGCGGUCCGCUUUUGGUGAGACGGAUGUCCCGGAUCAACUCCCGGAAUUCAUUUCUCAACGACGGCGAUGGCUGAAUGGCAGUUUCUUUGCUGGCGUCUAUGCACUUGUGCAUUUUCGAAGUAUGUGGCAAAGUCGUCAUUCUUUUGCACGCAUUUUUUUACUUUCCGUCCAAGGCAUCUACAACAUCAUCAGUCUGCUCUUCAGUUGGCUAGCGCUCGGCAACUUUUACAUUACAUUUUAUUUUAUUACCAAAAGCUUGGCCGAUCCGUUGAUUGAUCCGUUUGGUCACGGUUGGGGUUCUCGUAUUUUUGACCUGUGUAAAUAUGUAUAUCUAUUCCUUAUUGCCGUUGUAUUUAUAUGUUCUAUGGGCAAUCGACCACAAAGUUCCAAACCGCUGUUUAUUACCUGUUUGUCUGCCUUUGCCGUCAUCAUGUGCUACAUGUUAUUUGCUUCGUGCUGGGUGAUUUACAAGAGCUUUGACCAAGCCGUUACAGCCGGAACGAGUUUCGGCGACAUACUAGAUAAUCCGCAACUACGCAAUAUCCUCAUCUCGGUGAUGGCCACCUAUGGUCUUUAUUUUGUUACCAGCUUACUGUACAUGCAACCAUGGCAUAUGAUUACCAGCUUUCUUCCAUAUCUGUUCCUGUUGCCAGGCUAUAUCAACAUCCUAAACAUUUAUGCUUUUUGCAAUACGCAUGACGUCAGUUGGGGCACCAAAGGCGAUAAUACACUGGACAAGGAUUUGGGUAUCGCCAAGACAGAUAAAAAUCAACAAGGCACCCAGGUAGUAGAGAUGGAGUUGCCGGCUGAUCAAGUGGAUAUCAAUUUCGAGUAUGAGGAAGCCUUGAUCGACAUUGAACGGAAACCAGACCGUACAAAGACAAUUAUCAAAGUAUCGCAAGACGACUAUUACCGAUCGUUUCGAACGCAUCUUGUACUGGCGUGGAUUGCAUGCAACGGAGUCCUUGUGGUGUUUAUCACUUCGAGCGAGUUUGACACGUUAUUUCAAGCGUCGGUGGGUACCACCUACAUGGCAGUGAUUCUUUGGGUGAAUGCAGGCUUGGCUAUUUUCCGCGGGUUGGGGUCCAUGUUGUAUUUACUGCUGCGAUUGUUUUCCGCGGUUUGAUAUUUUACAAAACUGAAUCUUUUUGUUUGUUACUAAGCCCUUUUUUGCCUGUGUAUAAUUAUCAUAUAUAGAACUUGUUUUCUUCUAAUACCCUUGAAUAUAAAUGUACCCUAUUAAUAGAAAUACAACUCAGUUGGUCAAAGC